AUGCAGCACCCUGAUUUCCAGCUGUCGCGGUGCACGGGGCGGAAGAAGGCGCUUUGCAUCGGGAUCAAUUACGUCGGGCAGCGGAACGAGCUGCGCGGGUGCGUCAAUGACGCCUCGAGCGUGUACCACUUCCUCGUCGACUACCAGCACUACAAGAAAGAGGACAUCGUGUACCUCUCCGACGAGGCGCAGGACCCGCGCUCCCACCCGACGCGCGCAAACAUGCUCAACGCGAUGCGGUGGCUCGUGCAGGACGCGCACCCGCACGACUCGCUCUUCUUCCACUACUCGGGGCAUGGCGGGCAGACGAAGGACCUGGACGGGGACGAGGUGGACGGGCUCGACGAAGUGAUCUUCCCCGUGGACUACGAGCAUGCGGGGACCAUCAUAGAUGACGUCCUGCACGAGACGAUGGUAAAGCCGCUUCCCCCCGGCUGCCGGCUCACGUCCUGCCACUCGGGCUCCUACCACUCGAACGGGCGCGUCAAGCAGGGGCAGGUCACGCGCCGGUUCAAGGAGCGCAAGUCGACGCCCGCGGACGUUAUCUCGUGGAGCGGGUGCAUGGACUCGCAGACGAGCGCGGACACGGUCGAGAACGGGCUCGCGGUCGGCGCCAUGAGCUACGCGUUCAUCAAGGUCUUGAAGCGGAACCCGGAAAUAUCGUACAUGAAGCUGCUGCAAGGCCUCCGGGAGAUCCUGAACAAGCGGUACAGCCAGAAACCGCAGCUCUCGAGCUCGCACCGCAUGCCGCGCAGGGGCAAUGGUGUUGUCUGUCCUGCUGUAAUCAUUCACGCGUUCAUGAGAUGUGCGGCGAUCGAGUUGGGUUGA